UUUAGCGUCCUUAGAUUCCUCCCGGUGAAGAAAGCAGUGGGAACGCACCGCUUGAAAACAUUCCACAGAUUUUGGUUAGCGUUCAUUUUGCUACCCGAGACCAUGGCCUUAGCCAUUUAUAACCUGUACAGCUAACCUGUAAGUCAUGCUCUGCGGUCCUGUUAUGAGUGUAGUCUGUUGUGGGAGGAGAAACGGUACAUGGCUUCGGGUGGCUGUGCGCGUGACCGCGGUGUUUUGGCGAGAGAAGGCCUCCUACACGCAAGGACAGAGUCCGGAGGCGCGCAUCCGCGAGUAUUUCUACUACGUUGAUCAUCAAGGACAGCUCUUUUUGGAUGAUACCAAAGUGAAGAACUUUGUCACUUGCUUCAAAGAUCAACAGUUUCUUGUUUUCUUCUUUAAACAUCUGAAAGUCAAUCAGACUGGCCGUUACCAACAGCAUUUCCCCUUCGUCUCACUGUGUGGACGUGAGAGGAACUUCCUACGCUGUGAUGAUCUUCCAAUUGUCUACACUCACUUGUUGUCUGAGUCGGGCUGUCAGGAACGUCUGUCAUACUGUGGAGGCGGGUUUAAACUGACAGUUCCAUUCCGACCACAAUCCUUGUUCAUGCAUCCAGCCAGUGGUAGAGUGUACCACCCUGCUCCUGAGCAUGUAGGGGGUGUUGGAUUGGUACGCUCUGCACUGGCCAUAGAGCUCAGCCCUCACUUUCAGUACUCUUCAGGGCAGGACAACACUUCCCAGCCUACUCAUUUCCUUUGGGCCGGGCAGCAACACACACUGACCAAUGAGCUAUCCAAACGUUUCCUUCUGGAGUAGAAAGAAAUAUUAAGACAACUGUGGCAAAACUUUAUUCUCAAAUGCAGCAUUUUGAUUAACAAACUACGAUAGAUAAAGGGCUUGAUGUGUGAUUGUGUAUGUGCAUAUUUGGUCAUUAUUCAUAUCCACAUAUUUAUUUGAAAAACUGGGACUGUAUAUAGUAAUGUUCUAUGAGAAUGAGUCUUCCAUCAAGAUUAGUUCAUGCACAAUGGAUCAAAGCCUCCGCUUUGAUACCACAGUCGAUAACCUUGAUUUAAAUGGUUAAACCUUUUAAAAUACUAUUGAAACAAAUGUAUCUUGCAAACACUGCUACACAUGUCUGGAUCUCGAGGAAAGCCAUCCUUAUACAGUUAUACGAUCGAUACCAAACUCUAGCCUGGUUUAAAAACAAUAAUUACCCUGAAUCACCUAAGCUUGAAGUUUUAUUCUACUCAGUUAAUUCAGCCUAGGAUUAACAAAUAGGGAAUGUUUGUGCAUCUGUGCGUUACCAAUAAACUUGCUGAACACA